ACCAGCACUAAAUCCAUUUACAUUCUCACAUCUACUUCGGAGACUUUCUACUUAGUAUAUUCCUAUUGUACUCCUUGGCAAUUUUGCUACAAUGGCUCCAUAUGAUAGUGAUUCAUCCGGAGGUGAAGAAGAAGAUUACACAGAAACAAAUGUUCUUCUUGGAUAUGCUGGGAAAGAACCUCAAGACGACACAAUCAGUUAUUUAGGAGGUGAGCCUGUAAGUAUUCUCUGCGAUUCUCUUCGCAAUCCCCGAAAGAACACUCUCCUCACAAUAAGAAUCUCAAAUACAACUAACACUCACCUUCAAGACCUGGAUCGACCCUACCACUCCUCCAUCUGCAUCCCUCGCAAAAUGCAAAGUCUGCAAUGACCUCAUGGUUCUCAUCCUCCAACUCAAUGCCGAUUCUCCCUCUCACUUUCCAGGCCACGAACGUCGUCUCUAUAUCCUUACGUGCCGUCGCAAAACAUGUCGGAGGAAGGAAGGAAGCAUUCGCGCACUGCGCGGUACACGAAUUGCCGAAUCUGCAAGCAAGCCCAAAGCAAAAGAACCCGAAAAAGAGAAAUCAAAGCCAGAACCUACAAAACCAACAGUUAAUCUAGGAGAGAGUCUAUUUGGGGCCAAACCAUCGACAUCGGGAAAUCCAUUCGCGACGGGCUCAAAUCCUUUCUCUACAGGAACGGGAGGAAAUACAUUUUCGAAUCCCUUCGCAGCAGCCGGUCUGCCGACUUCUGAACUUGCUGCCAAACCCCCUCAAAACCCCUCUCCAUCCCCCGAACCCACAUCAUCAGAAACCGCAAAAGAUACCCUCCCAAAAACCUUCGCAUCCGCCCUCUCUCUCAAUAACUCUCAAUCCCCUGCAGCUCCAACCCCUCCACCCCACGAACCCUGGCCCACAAACAAUCUCCCAUCCCCAUACCCCCUCUACUACCUCGUAGACGCCGACUACGAAACCCUCGACAAAGAGCCCCUACCUCCACCCCCGCAAGCCACAAUAGUCGACGACACCCCGGACUCUUCAUCCGGCGGAAAAGAAGACAAAGAGGUCUUCGAAUCAACACACGAUACCACCUUCCAAAAAUUCGCCGAUCGUCUCUCCCAAAACCCUGAACAAGUAAUUCGCUAUGAAUUUCGCGGUUCUCCAUUACUCUACUCCAAAAUCGAUUCUGUAGGAAAGAUUUUCGCAGACGCUGGAAAGGGGAAUGAGAAGGUUAAAGUUAGUAGUGGAAGCGGGAAUGGGAAAAUCCCUCGCUGUGCGAAUUGUGGAGCAGGGAGAGUAUUCGAGGUACAGGUUACUCCGCAUGCGAUUAUGGAGUUAGAGAGGGAAGAAAAGGGCCUCGAUGGAAUGGAUUGGGGAACGGUAAUUGUGGGCGUUUGUGAUAGGGAUUGUGUGCCUACGUGUGUGGAAAGUGGGAAGAUGGGGUAUGUGGAGGAAUGGGCCGGAGUGCAGUGGGAAGAGUUGGGCGGGAAGAAGUAGGGGAUGAGUUGAGACUGUGUUAUGGGUCACAAAUAGAUAGUCAUUUAUUGCGAAUACCACAUGAGA